AAGCAGGGCUACCAAUGCACAUACUGUGUUUAUACUCUAAAACAAAUAAAGAAAAAUCGUGUUUAGAUUAUCAGUAGUAGUUAAAUUAUGUAACAAGAGAAAGUGUGCCCCAAAAUAAACGAAAGUGUAAUAAACAAUGUUUAUUUAGGUCUGAUUAGUUGUGCUAUUUUAGUGACAAAACUGUCGCUUGCACGACUACCAACCGCAAACUUGUCUACAUUGCGAUGAAAAUUGCAAACAUUUGCGACUUUUAUAUCCACCACGACCUCCAAAAAAAUACGUGUUGGCGUACAAUUCACAAAACUGGCAAAAUCGCCAUCGAUUUAACAAAGUUUGUUGAUUAAAUGGGCGUGAAUUGUCCUAGUGACAAACCCAAAAUCCCCAGUGUGCCACGAUUGCGUUUCCGUUUACAAAUCAAAAUCAUAUGUUUACAAUCGAUCUCAAAUAAAUAAUAAUGUUACAAGAGGAUUCAAAUGGCGAAGCCUCUUUUGAAAUAAUCGACAAGAAGCAAGAAGACUCAAACACCGACAAAACAGAAUCAAUUAGUAGCGUGUCGUCGCCGUACUCGAUACCGUCUCCGGGGGUUGUCACCCUGCCUGGAGGCAACCUACUCUCGAAUUUGCCGCCCCCGACGAACCUACCGGAUUUCACGCUAUGGCAAAACCAGCCGGUUCCAACUGUCCCGGCACCCACUCCUCUGCCCCCAAACUUGUUACCGCCGGUGACUCAGGAGGUUAAACCGGCACCCGCGGUGACAGUCAACGUGCAACCGUUCCCCCAGACACAGUUCAGCGCUGCCAUUCCACCAAGCAAAGGGGUGCAACAUGGUCCAGUACCCCCCAGCAACGUGGAACCGAACCUCACGUCCGGGGGUUUCAUUGGCUGGAUGAAAGACGCAGUUUCCAGUGGCGGUAUCUUGUCAAAAGUGGCUGAAAAAGCCAAAAAUUCCGUCGACACGCUUAUUACGACUCUGGACCCCCAGAUGUCGGAGUUCAUUUAUUCCGGCGGCGAUAUUGAAAUUGGGGUUGCGUCGCAAGACCCCGACGAAGUUUCCCCCGUUCGAGAGGCCAUUUUCUCAGUUUUUGGCAAAGCGUGGGUCAACGGCGUUAAUAUAAGGAGCAACGACCGCAAACACCAAGCCAUUGGGUUCGAAGAUGCCAUACAACGAGCCGAAGAAAAAAUAAAAGCGGCACUACAGAUUCAAAAAAGUCCGGUUAUCGCAGUGGAGAAUUUUAUUUUGCAACAGGACGAGCAGUGGUUCGACUUGAGUGUGUUGGUUUUGAGCGAUUCUGACAAGGGGAUUGUCCUGAGGACGUUCUCGCAGACGACGCCGAUUCCGCUGGAGGCGUUUUUGGACCAGGCGGAACUCGAGAUGCCUAAUUAUGCGAAAGGGUGCGAAUCGGUGGAAAAAUUGUUGGCUGCGUAUUUACAGAUUGCUAAAAAUAAUUGGCAACAAGAAGUCUGCGGGGUUGCCAGAAAAGACACGUUGUUUUUGGCAGCGAAGACACUCGCUACGCUCUACAAGAAUAGAUUGGUGGGUCCGUGAAGUCCUGAGUACUUAUUAAAAUUAAUUAUGCUAUAAUCGUUGCAGUUUAUAUUUUAUUUAAUGUACAAAGUUCAAUUUACCAAUAUAGGCUUUAAUAUAUUUGA